AUGCCGCGGAGGGAAGAGCACUGUCUUAAGACGUCCCUAACCCAUAUGGACGUAGGCAAAAUGACGAGUGUGAAGAUGUGGUUGAGCCCUUAUAUAUCGUCAUUUGUAAAUCAGAAAGAACAGACUCUAAUAAGCUAUUCUGUCGAGACAAGAAGCACGCAGGGUGGUUUCUGCCUAGGUCUGGAGGCAGCUGGUGAUUGGUUACAGCGGGCGGAGGGCUGCCAACGUGACUUAGGGGAGAGCAUUAACAGGGCGGCGAAAUAA